AUGUCCUCGAUGCCGAACUUCAUCAUCUUCUACACUCUGCCACGGAUGCACGGAGGUGGCUCGAGGUGGACGCGCGAAUGUCUCGAGGACGACUUGCGAGGCUAUUUUAACGGCGGCGUAUGCAGCGCAUCCAACGGCCGGCAGAAGCGCAUGCGGUAUGCGCCGCGGUCCUAUGCAUCCGAUAUCGUCAACAAGUGCGGCAUCAAGAUCGCUGGGUGGCCACAGAACAUACCGUUCACGGACGUCAGCAACAUCGACGGCGGCUCGGCACCGCUGGCUGAGCUUCACCGCCUGUGGAACCUGCCUGCCGGAGACCCCGACAGGUUGCGCUUCGAGCCCGCGUCGCACGAGGACCGCGUCAACGCUGCUCGCGAUCCCGAGAGCGUCCAUCCCACUCCGCACUUCCUCCCGGCACUGGAGGCGAAGGCUGCAGACGACGCGGCCCGUAGAGCUGCCCGUAGAGCUGCCGACGCUCUGAGCGACGGGUACCACCCACAGAACAUGCAGUUUGUUGGCCGUCCUUCUGCGACGAUCACGGAGGUCCCGCGGAGCCAGCGGCGGGACACUGGGGGGCGGCGGCGGCGGGCAUCGGACAACGACCCCAGGGUGCGGAAGAGGCGGCCGAAGCGCGGGAUCAGGAGCUUGCCAUACGUGCUGCCAGGGUCGGACGGGGCGGGCACCAGCAGGAGCGGCGAGCAGGCGGCGAAGCGGCAGCGGGUGGACGAGUUUCCGCUAGGCGAGCGGAUCACUCA